UGACGUCAUACCUUUAAUUCAGAAAGUAGAAACAGGAAGUGAGACACAGGCACGUGCCCUCCUGACCUCCUGACACCCCGAGCAUCGUUUACCUGACAGCAGGUGGGAGACAUGAGGAGGAACAGAAGAUUCUGUGUACGAUGUGAGCAUUGUUGAUGCUGCUGCCAUGCAGUCAGUGGUGGGCUCCGAACAUCAGAGGUCUCAGACUUGUGGUCAGUCUGCACCAUGUGCUCUUUGGCCAGUGGACCUUAAGCUAACUCACUUGGACUGGAACCCUGAAGCAACCCUGAUACACUUCCAGGGGCAGUAUCUUACCAUAUGCGAACUUGACUACAGCAUCCUCCAAGGAGAAAUACAGAAUAUACCAAAGACUAAAGCUGCAGUGAAUAUCGGAGAGUUCUGCCUUGCAGAAGAUGCGACUUCAGCCCGGUGGUACAGAGGGAGGGUUCAGAACCUAAAAGAGGGCCUGUUUGAUGUGUUCCUGGUAGAUCAUGGUAAUGUCCUGAGUGUUGACAUCGCCCACAUAUCUCCCUGUUCAAGUGACUUGUUCAUCCUUCCUCCAAAGAUAGUGUGUGGCUUUCUUGCAAAUGUGCUUCUGCUUCAAGGUUUUUCUCACUCUGUAGUUGAGGAGUACCUUUCAAGCCUGAUUGGACAAAGUGUCACAGGUUUCAUCCAAGCCCUCCUUCCUCACAAAGUGCUACUGUUGGAAGCCUCCGACAUCAACAAAGACCUGGUUCAACAUGGGUUUGGGAGGCAUGUGGACACAGAUACUUUUCUCCUUCUGGUUGAGAUGCUAACAGAAGUGCCUCUCAAACAAAACACAGAGCCAGUUCCUGACUUACUCAUUGAAAAGCCAAGAGGACAAGAAUUUAGCUACAAACCAUCCAGUUUGCAGGGGAAUGAACAAAUUCUGUCAUUUUGUGGACCUAGACUUCCCAGUGGGACACAGGCUAAAGUGCAUUUGACUGCUGCUGUCAACCCUGGGCUGUUUUACUGUCGGAUGGCUGAUAAGGAAACAGAUCUUUGGGAAAUGUCAAAGAAACUGGCUGAAGUUUGUGAAUACAGAACCAAAGACCACAAUCAAAAGACAACAGAAAACCUGGGUUUAUUCUGCUCUGUUAAAGGGAAAGAUGGGGAAUGGUACAGAGGCUUUGUGCAGUAUCUCCCAGUCAACUCUCGAGUUAGAGUUUGGUUCAUCGACUGUGGGUUCUUUGAAUCUGUCAAAGUUGAGGACAUCCAUAUGCUGCCCUCAGAUAUCUACUCAACACCCACCAUGGCGUUCCCAUGCUCACUGUCAUGCCUCAGUGAUCAGGAUGAGGCGCUCAAAACUCAACAGUUGAGUUUCCUCAAGGAAGGCUUGCUUGGAAAAGUGUUAGAAGUGGACAUCAGAAGUUUUGAUGAAGAAAAGCAUCUGUACUGUAUCACAUUAAUCAGUGCUGAAGAUAUCUGUGCAAAGAACACCAAACCCCUUCAAGAGAUUCCUGACAUGAAGGGCGAGUCAGUUUUUGGGGCGGAAGAAUCGUCAACUCAGAGUAGCUAUUUGAAUUUUGAGGCAAUCCUGGGAGAAGCUUUGGGUCAAACACUGGAAGAAGAACAGGUUGAAGUCAGCUCUGUCUUUGUGGGCUAUGUUGAACAUGUCCAUAAUCCAAACUACUUCUGGGUCAGAACACAGAAACGCAAUCAUGAGUUUGAAGAAAUGAUGACCAAACUGGCAGAACACUUCAAUCAAGUGAAGAUGGAUGAAGAUGUACUGUUGAAUCCUGAGCCAGGGACAAUGUGCUGUGCAGUUUUUGAGGAAGACAUGCAUUACUAUAGGGGUGUAGUGACAGACACUCUUGAGCAUGGAGCUGAAGUCUUCUUUAUCGACUUUGGCAACAUCGAGAAAGUCCCACAGAUGUUGAUCAAGAAGAUACCUGAGACAUUUGCCAGCAAAUCAGCGUUUGCCUUUUGUUGUACGCUUGUUAAUGUUGUUCCUUUGGAUGAGGUGUGGACCAGCACCACCUCUGACUUUUUUAAACAAGCUGUGUCAGACAAAGUCCUGCAAGUCCACGUUGUUCAGAUGAGAAAAAACAAAUGUGUCGUGGAUCUCUUUGAGAUGGGGAGUGAAAGCAAUGGGAGUAUCACGGAGCUGCUGAUCUCCUCAAAACAAGCUGAAUUCUGGAACAACAUUCGCACAGAGCCUGUGCUGUGGGAAAGCACAGAAAAAACAAGUUGCCCAAGAUCUGAUGUGGCAGCAGACAUGAAUGGGUGUAACACGCAAUGGGAGGACUGCGAAGAGGAUAUCAGCAAAAAGGAAACUGAGCAGCCCAAAACCCUGGUUAGUUUCAAAGCGUUAAGCAUUAAUCCAGGGUGUGAUUUCGCUGUGCGCUGCACUAACAUCAGCUCUCCAACAGAUUUCUGGUGCCAGCCUCAAGAUACGUUUCAAGAUUUGGAGAGAAUGAUGGAUGAAGCUCAGAAAUAUUACUCAGCUCACAGAGUCCCCAUCAAAUCAGAGGAUUCAUGUUGUGUUGCCAAGUCUACUCGAGAUGGAAGAUUCUACAGGGCCAUUUUGAGAGGAAAACAGAACAUGCAUUCCAAAGUUAUAUUGGUCGACUAUGGCCAUAGCAUCAUAACCAAGGAUCACAAUCUGCAGGCAGUAAUACCAGAAUUGACUCAUUUGGAAGGACAAGCCUUCAGGUGCAGCCUUUACAACAUUAUUGAACCUGCUGAUCCCAAGAACUCAGGGGAUUGGAGUCAGGAGGUGCUGAGCUUAAUGAAGGAUUUCACCAGCUCUGGUUCCUUAAGAUGCCAAGUUGUCUCCCAGUUGAAUGUGAAAAACAAAGGGCGGUAUAAUGUUGUCGACCUCUACAACCCCAAAACCAAACAAAGUAUAACGAAACUGCUCUUGGAGAAGGGUCUGGCGAGAGAGGUGACUAUCUCAGAAAGGCAUCUUUCAACGGUGUUCCCCGAGUCUUUUGCCUACUCUUCAUUUGAUCUGACUCCUGGAAAAGAAGAGCAGGUUUUCAUCACUCAUGUAAGCAGUCACUGUGAGGUCUACUGCCACCUUGAGAGAAACACUGACGAUAUUGAGGAGCUCGAAAAGACAAUCUCAGUUGAGAGUGAGAAAAUGUUGGAAGCCAGUACAGAAACUGUUGUGGGGAAGCUGUGCCUGGCAAAAUACUUGGAUGGCAAGUGGUACAGGGGCUUGAUCAAUCCUGUUGAGUCACCUCUGCAUCUUAAUGUCUUCUUUGUGGAUUAUGGUAACACCAGCGUAUCCGAGAAAACUCAUGUCAGGUUCAUCCCCAGAGACUCUGUUGAGCUCUUGUACACACCCAUGCAGGCAGUGAAAUGUAGCCUUGCGUCACUGUCCAAAGGAGAAGUCUAUGCAGAGGUAAAGACAUUGCUUGACAACGUUAUUCUCAACAAAGAAGUGAGAGCCGUCAUAGUUGGAAAGAGUGAUGAUGGUUCAUUUGAUGUCAAACUUUUUGACGGAGAUGUGAACAUCAAUGAGAAGGUAAAUGACCUCAUUCUCAGUCUGUUACCGAAACCAAAAACAGUUGUGAGUUUUGCCACAAGAAGCAGCACUAAGAUGAAAAAUAAAACUCUCCUCAAAGGAGACAGAAAGAUUUCAGUCAGAUGCAAGACUUAUCAAAAAGGCCAGUCUUCAAGGUUUCCCACAUCAAAUGCCCACAGUAGCACUAACGUUUGGAGGGCAUCCCCCAAAAAGACAGGGAACACAAAAAAUGUUCAUGGAAAAAAACAGCGAGCACAAAAGUGCCCAAAAGGCGAUGAUGGGGACACAAAGACUUGUGUUCCUGCAAAACCUCAAGAAACCUCUUGCGUAAAAGAACAGAAAGAGUCCCUCGAUACAAAUCCAAAGACCAAGCAUCCACAACCCAAAAGAGAAGCAGAGAUUCCUCAAGUCUCAUCUUUGCCUGACAUCAAAGUGUGUGCUGGUUUCAAGGCAAAGUGUUUUACCACCCAUGUGGACUCUGUCAGCAGUUUUUUCCUUCAGCUGUCAACAGAUGAACCUGACAUCUUGAAAAUGGUUGAAGAUCUCAACUCGAGUGUCAUCAAAAACACCUUGAAGGCUGCCUCAUCUUUGAGAAUCAAUGACCUUGUUCUAGCCGAGUAUGAGGAAGAUGGUGCUCUGUAUCGUGCCGCUGUGAAGGACAACGAAGGAAGUUCCUGUCUCAAAGUGGAGUUUGUGGACUAUGGAAACUCAGCAGUCAUAGGGAAGGAGAAGAUUUACUCCAUACCGAAGGAGUUUCUUGCUCAGCCAAGAUUCAGUAUCCCAUGCUCUCUAUUGGAUGCCAACAUGUUUGAAAGUGACGAGUCUUUCACUGAAGCUGUCAUGGAGGAGCCUCUCUUGGUGGAUUUUGUCAGUGAGUGUGGAUCUCAGUGGAAAGUCAAGGUUGAGAUCAUUAAAGCAGCAGUUGGACUCCCAGAUACCGUUGAAACUGAUGUUUCGAGUAGUGCCGAAAUGGAAAAAGAAAGGGAUGCCCCUGAGAGUGCACCCACAAUAGAAGAGAAAGUGAGCUCCUGUAGAGACAACAACUUUACAAAAGCAGUGAUCCAGAGUGAAACAACUACUUCCCAAAGAACGCUGCAUACUGCGACCCUAAAACCACCACUUACACCAUUGCCAUCCAAAGUGAAGGUGAUUAUCAGCAUGCUCCGCAGAAGAACCAUCAGAAACAUAAGUGAUUACAAGAAGAGUCAGAGGAAAACAAAAGUGAAAUCCCCCAAAGCAAAGAGUGACCUUGCAAUCACGCCGACAACUAUCCAAGCUAAAGACACAGAGAACGCUACAAUCCUGUCCGUCCUCGGGAACAGCAAUUUUUACGUCAGACUGAACAAGACGAGCAAAGAGCUUGUUGCAUUGCAAAGUCACAUAACCGACAACCUUUCCAAGUGCAAGAUGGUGGCUGAGGAGGAUGUCAAAACAGGCCUUCAGUGCUUAGUUCAAGUAGACAAGGAGUGGCACAGGGCUGUUGUUCAACAUGUAGGCCCAAGGAAGUGCGAAGCCUUCCUCGUGGAUCAUGGAAAAACAGAAGAAAUCCCAAAGGACUCGAUCCGACGACGUUGUAGUGGCCUGAAAAAAAUCCACAACCUUGCAGUUUUGUGUCAAGUGAACUGCCUUGGGUUCAGUGAAGGAGUGUGUGCUGACAAACUGUGGUGUGAAACCCUCAAACCAAUGGUGGGCAAAGAAGUCAAGCUGAUGUUUGUGCGUCAUUCAGGUGCUGAUGAUCUUUGGAUGGUGGAGAUCAUCUUGAAUGGACUGUUUCUCAUUCCUCCAGCCCCAUCGCAGAAUAAUGAGGACAUUACUCCAACACCGAGUGAAAGCAGGAACGAGACAGAAAAAGGAGAAUUGCAUUUGGACUUGGACUUGGACACAAGCCCUCCUCAACAACUUACCUUUGCUCCUGUUGAUCUAGACAAAGCUUACUCUGGGUUUGCUGCUGAAGUGACGACUCCUUUCCAGUUUUGUGUUGUUCUGGAAGACUUGCUUCUCGUUAUGAACAAAGUGUCCAUAAAGUUGGACAGCCUCCCCGAGCAGAUGCCUCCUCUUCCUGAAGCCCACCUUGCUUCUGGAAACUGCUGCCUGAUCAAAUCCGAGUCCACAAACAAGUGGUGCAGGGCUGAAAUUGUAAACCUGGACUCCACGGCGGUUCUAUACCUGGUCGAUUACGGCCAUUAUGAAUGCAUGCCGUGCAACGACCUAUCCAAGCUGAUGAUGCUUCCAGAGGACAUCAGAAACCUCCCAAAGAUGACAUACCCCAGCAUCCUGAGAGGGGUGAAGUCAGUUCAAGGCAAUGGGCAGUGGACUGAUGAGGCGGCGGUCUUCUUCCAGCAGUGUUUGUACCAGAAGAACCUCCAGAUCUUCUUCAGGGAGUUUGUAUCAAACUCACACUGGAAGGUGGACAUCCUGGCUGAUGGCGUCCAUGUUGCCAAGGAGCUGGUGGAUGCUGGACACGCCAGUUAUUUAGACAACAUGCUUGGACUGAGGUUCCAAGAACAGAGCCUCUGCACAGCCGCCCCGUGUGGCCCUGACAGUGAGGAAGAGUGUGCCCAGGACGACAAUGGCUCUGAUGGAAAGUCCAAUGUUUUAGUUGAGUCGACUUAUGAAGCAGAGGAGAAGAUGCAGAUCAGCUUCACGUCCGGAUCUAGACAAUGUUUUCUGAUGUGAAGGCAGCCUGCUUGAAUGUCAUGACUGAGAUGAGUUUCAGGGUGCCUUGAUGCCUUCCAACCAGCAUCAGAAGACUCUCAUGAGAUGCUGCUUGCUUUAUUAUGUGCUUCUGCAUUUUCAGUCACACUUACAAAAACGGAUUGAUUAGAUCUCAGAUCUGUCAAUACGACCUUUAAUUCACCUUAAAGUAUUUUGAUCCUUCUGUAUUUCUUUAAUGAAACAGAUUUAUUUCAUUUUGUUCACUCAGUUGAGGUACUUCUCACAGUUUUGUUGAGUCAGCGGCACCGUGUUCGCUCCUAAAAAAGGAAGUCUUACAUUUUAGUGUGAUUUAAACAAGGUGUUAUGGAGCAUAUGUCGCUGUAUGUUCAGUUCAUUUUGUGAAUCUGUGAUUUUUGUUGAAGAAAAUUGAGUUGAACGUUUGUUUGUACUGAUUAAAUAAGAGAAGUAUUAACAUGUUGUUAAAUUUGAAACAUUUUAUAGGAGUUUGUAAAUAUUUCUACAUUGUUUUGUGUAUUAGUUCCCUCUUAGUAAGAUGUUUUUCACCAAAUAGAAAGACAACUGACUUGUGAGUUUUUUACAGUUUGUUUGAACCUUUUAUAUUAAGUUCCUUGUGCUGAAUAAAUUUUGAGUUAUGAAGCCAUUUGAAGAAAAAUUA